CAAAGGGGAGCUUUUUAAAGGAAAUCCUGGAGCUGUCAGAGCAGGAUGAAUUUGGCCACUUGACACGGAUGGAACGACCUCCUGCUGACACCUUCAAGUUUGUGCUGCCCUCAGCCAACGUGGGGCUGCCGGGACACCUCAUCCAGAUCCAGCGCCCCGGGCCUGCCUACGUCACCCACACAGAGCCCCUGGUCAGGAGGCUCCUUGAGCAGGACCAGCAGAGAAAGGCUCCAUCCAACCCCCCUGCACAGACAGAGCAGAACAUGGAGCCUCCAGGAGAUGGUCCUGAGGAGGAGCCCCAGGUGCUGAGCAGAGGCAGCAGCCCUGGGAGCGGGAAGGACUCCGUGGGAAUGCCCCCGGCUCAGAGCACUUUGCCAUCACAGUGUGUUUACAACAGGGUUAUUUUUGCAAGGAGACCUCCCUCCCGUGUGCUGCCAUGGAGCAACCUGGUGUGUGCCAGCAGGAAGGACUGAUCUGCCUGCAGCUGGAAGCAAAGCAAAGAAAGAAGAUGCUCUUGUGUGUUUUCCGGAGUCCAUUAAACUACCCAU